AUGUCUGGAGCGAAACGCAUCUCCAAGGAGUAUGGCGAGUGCAUGGCCCAGCCUCCCGCGGGCAUGAAAAUCAGACUUGCCAACGAGAACGACCUGCACGUCUGGCACGUCGUGCUGGACGGACCGCCCAACACUGCCUACGCCGGAGGCAAGUUCGGCCUUGUCGUCAAGCUCCCCACCGAAUACCCCUUCAAGCCGCCCGUCGUAACCUUUUCUACGCGCAUGUACCACCCGAACGUCACCAACGACAACCUGGGCAACAUCUGCCUAGGCCUCCUCAAGCCCGAGAACUGGAAGCCCGCCUCUCGCCUCCUCGCCGUGUUGGAGGCUAUCCGAAGCCUGCUCGUCGAGCCGCAGCCCGACGACCCUCUCGAGGCCCGCAUUGCCGACCAGUACAAGAAUGACCGCAAGGGCUUUGAGCAAUCUGCGAAGCAGUACACGUCAAAGUACGCGACGGGAGAACCCAAGUUUUCCGCCACUGCUGCCUGA